AUGAGCCAAGCAGCGACCAGCCAGGAGACGACCGUGAUGGCCAACGAGCACAUGGAGACGGUAGUCACCACGACCACGACCACGACCACGUCGAUGGAGCAGGAAGACGAGACGACGACGUCGAGUGCGGACUCUAAACCCGCGAUCGACGUUAGCCAGUACUCGUUCAUUACGGAGUUUGGCGGCCAAGGCGUUCCUUACUGGACGGAGCUCCAGCAGCUCUACGCCGCGUCCAAGGCGACCAUGACGCGCUUGUUUAUCGAAGCUGCAGCACAGGCGCUACUUGAAGAGUCGAGCACUGCCGAGGCCAAAGCUUCGGUCGCUUUUGAGGCGGUCCUGGACGUGCAGCGCUGGCUGCAGACCCUCGAGGUUGGAAACGCCCCGACGAACCUGGCGCUCAACCGCGUUUUCUUUAGCAUGCCGCUGUUGAUGCUCACGCAAUGUGCCAACUACCUCCAGUUCCUCGAGACUACGGGUAUGACCCACGAGAGCGUCGUCAAGCGCGCGGCCACGGCCGUAGGUCAUAGUCAAGGCGUCGUGAGUGCCGUCGUCUUCUCGGCGGCCAAGACCGCUCAGGAGUUCGUCGAGCUUGCAGUGUCUGUGCUGCGUUACAUGUUCUGGCAGGGACUGCGCACGCAGGAGACGUACCAGCAGCUUCUGACGCAGUACAAGCAGGAGGGGAAGAAGCUUGCGAACGCUGGGCCCAUGCUGGCUGUUCGGGGGCUCAAGGAAGAGCACGUUCGAGCAGCUAUCGGGGUCGCAAGACGCCGCACCAAGACUCCGGAUCUCCACCUCUCUCUUAUCAAUGCCUCAGACAUGAUGAACGUGACGGGCUUCCCCGCGACGCUAAUGAUACUAAAGCAGAUGCUUGAGGGGCAGCUAGCUCCACUCGAUGCAGACCAGACGCGGAUCCCACAUUCGCAGCGAAAGCCCACGGGCUCGCUCUCGUUUAUGCCGAUCUCGGCGCCCUUUCACACACCGCUGCUGACUGAGGCGAAACCGAAGGUGGUGCAGGACGUCCAGCGCGUUAACUGCGCGAUUGAGGGCUGUGCGCUGCAGGUCCCAGUGUAUGGGACGAACACCGAAUCGACCAACUUGCAGAAGGUAAACGAUGUGAUCGAUGAACUUAUCAACAUGCAGCUGCUGGAGCUUGUAGACUGGACUGCGACGUGCGCUAGUAUCGCUAAGCACCACUCGAGCGCGACGCACAUUCUCGAGUUCGGACCGGACCUUGGUGUGGCCAAGCUGAGUGACAAAAUGGCCGAGGGGUUGGGCGUCGAAGUCGUGAUUGCGACCACCAAGUACCCGGUCGUGAGUUUUACAACGAAGAACGCUCCGCUUGUUGGGCUUCAGCAGUUUAUCGAUGCGGCGCCGACAUUUAACCCCGUGGAGGCAACGUGGGCAACGAAGUUUGGUCCGCGGGUGACCGAGUCGGGCAAGCUUUGCAACCGAUUUACGCGCGUGCUGAACAAACCACCGGUAAUGGUCGCGGGGAUGACGCCAACUACCAGUCUGAAUGGCAUUGAUUUGGUUGCAGCUAUCUUGAAUGCUGGCUUCCAUGGCGAGCUUGCUGCUGGCGGUCUAUCGCGUCCGAACAUUUUCGAAAGCGCGUUGAACGAGCUUGUAUCCAAGAUCAGACCCGGACUUGGUAUUUCGAUAAAUAUGCUGUACCUGAAUGCAAAGCAGUGGGGCUUCCAGUUUCCAAUGGUGCUGCGUAUGCGUCGCAGCGGUGUGCCCAUCGAGAGUAUUACGAUUGGUGCAGGCAUUCCAACGCCGGAGCGAGCGCUUGAAAUAAUGUCACAGCUACAGUCUGCUGGAAUUAGACUGGUGGGUUUUAAGCCGGGGUCAGUAGACGGCAUCCACGCGGUGUUGGAGAUCGCUGCUGCGAUGCCGAGUAUGGACGUGAUGUUGCAGUGGACUGGUGGCCGUGCUGGUGGUCACCACAGCUUCGAGGAUUUCCACGAGCCGAUGGAGGUGACAUACGCUGCGAUCCGUCGCGUACCAAAUGUGCUGCUCGUUGUCGGGUCUGGUUUUGGUAAUUGGGAGGACUCUAAUCAAUACAUUACGGGUGAAUGGAGUCUCGCUCGCGGACACUUGCAUACGAUGCCUGUGGAUGGUAUUUUAAUGGGCUCUCGUGUCAUGGUUGCGAAAGAGGCCGCGACAGCACCGGAAGUAAAGCAGCUGCUCGUGGACACCCCUGGUAUUGAGUCCGAGCUGGAUUGGGAAGCAAGCUAUACUGGCGUUGUGGGCGGCGUAGUCACGGUUACGUCAGAGCUGGGCGAGCCUAUUCACGUGGUGGCAAACCGCUGCGCUGUGCUGUGGAAGAAAUUUGAUGACAAGUACUUUGCUAUACCGCGUGAUCAACUGGAAUUGGCCCUUCGCCUUAACAAGAAAGAGAUUAUUGCUGGUCUGAACGCAGACUACCAGAAGCCUUAUUUUGGCUGCAAACGCAACGAAGAGACCGGUGAGAGCGCUCCAGCUGAUCUAUUGGAGAUGUCAUAUAGUGAUGUUUUGGCGCGUAUGGUCGAGUUAAUGUACGUGGAGAUCGAAAAUAAGCCAUCUCGUUGGCUGCACGACACCUUCUUUUCGCGAGUGAGCAAGUUCCUCACGCGUACUGAGGAGCGUUUCUGCCGCGAAAGUCUUGGCGACCUGUUCGACCAGUCGGAGCUGUGGACAAACCCGCGGGCAGCAGUGCGUGCGUUCGUCGCAAAGUACCCAGAGACCGCGUCAACUCCAUUGUCAGUCCCAGAUUGUGAUUUUUUCUUGGAGUUGUGCCGUACUGGCGGCAAGCCUGUGAACUUUGUGCCUGUGAUCGACAUCGAGUUCAAAUCUUGGUUCAUGAAGGACUCGCUGUGGUACUCGGAGGAUCUGGACGCGGUUCCAGAACGCGAUGCGCAGCGCGUGUUCGUGCUUCAGGGCCCUGUGGCUGUCCGCUACAGCAAAAUCGUGGAUGAGCCAGUUGCGGACAUCCUAGGCGAUAUAGCAACUGGCCUCGCUAACGUCGUGAAGGAGAGCGGAGUACCUGCUCCCGUCAAAUCUAUGCCUGUCAGGUAUACCGGGACAAUUGCCGGCAUAGAAGUCGUAGAGAGCGAAGGCAGAGUGGAGGUGUUGGUCCCGGUGGAAGAGAGUGCUGUGCCCUCUACCGAUAAGUGGCUUGCUGACCUCGCUUCAUCUGUGAGCGACAAAGAGUGGCUGAACGCGCUUAUUUCGUCGGCACAGGUAGUUGAGAUGAAGAAGUGGCUCGCGAACCCUGUUCGGCAGCUCCUUGCCCCCCGAGUAGGCCAGAAGUACGUGAUCGAUGCUGCCAGCAUGCGUGUUUUUGACAGCUCUGUUGACCUUGCGAACCCAGUGAUCGAGAUUACGAAGAGGGACGCGACGAUUGUGGUCAUGGUGAACGAGGUUCGCCCGGCUGUGCGGGAAUUGAAGGCCAGCUUCGUCACGCUGCAGAUGGCAUUCCAGUACUACCCGGAGCUGCCGUGCUCGAUUCAUGCUGAAGGCAGUGGCUUUGUUGACAAAGUGAAGGCGUUUUACGCCCGUUUCUGGGUGGCGAUCGAGGGUAAGGAAGAGGAGUCGUGCGAGGCUGCGUGUGCAGAGAGUGUGAUGUCUUCUUUCACGACUGACUUUGCUGUCACCAAGGAGGAUAUUACUGCCUACCGUGCUUCUCUGGGUCUUAGUGAUGAUGAGAUUGGUGCACCGGCAGACUUCUCGACGAUCGUUUCGUGGCGACCACUGAUUCAGUCUGUGUUCACGACAGAAGUGAAGGGCAACCUCUUUGACUUGGUGCACCUGAAGCACUCGUAUAAGCUGUUGUCUUCGCGCAAGGCUUCUGCGACGUUCUUGCCCGGCGACGACAUCGUAAGCACGUCGAACGUCGGCAGCUUGCGCAUUAUCGACAGCGGCAAGAUAGUGCACGGCGUGGCCAUCAUUUCCCGCAAGACGGUGAAUAAGGAGAUGGUGGAGGUGCUUGAGCCUCUUGUAGAGCUACACAGUGAGUUCUUGAUUCGUGGUUCUUUCGAUGACUUUGAAUCAACCUUCUCUAUCGACAAGUCGGUGGACGAGUUUGUGCCCAGCCGUCAGGAGACUGUAGAGAUCAUUAAGACGAAAUCGUGGCUGAAGCUUGCUGCUGGAACGACAGUAAACGUCGGUGACCACUUGAUGUUCCAGCUCACGACAAAAAGGCAGUACUCUUCGAUCGGGUCGCUGAGCUCGGUAGAGGUGCUGGGCAAGCUGUUCCGUAAGGAAGCUGGCUCGGACGAAGAGAUUGGUGUAGUUGAGUUCAAGAGUGACAGCGUGAAUGAAAGCCCGGUUGUGGCGCUCUUGCAACAGGUGCAACUUGAGGCUGCUAAGACUAGCGGUAUGUUCGCGAAUGGUGGCUCUCACAUGCUGGCAAAACCAUUGGAGAUUAAUGUCCCGGCGAACGCUCUAGCGUACGCAGUGGCAUCUCGCGACCUGAACCCAAUUCACCGCUCUAAAUAUGCCGCCGUCCUGGGCCACCUCCCGGAGGGCAAGCCGAUUAUGCACGGUCUAUGGACAGCGACCAAAGUGCGCAAUCUGGUGACCCAAAGCUUCGGUCUCGGCUUCGACAGCAACGUUGUGGACUACGACGUGAAUUUUGACGGUAUGGUGUAUCCGGGUGACAAGCUGUUCAUGCAGGCGAAACACAUCGGCUUUGAAACUGGCAAGAAGGUAUUGUCGAUUGAAGUCGUGAAUAGCUCCGGUGAACGCGUGGUUAGCGCGCGUGCAGUGGUGAAGCAGGCGCCCAUGGCGUUCGUUUUUACGGGCCAAGGCUCUGCCGCCGUGGGCAUGGGCAUGGAACGGUACCAGGAGUCAUCGGUCGCUCGUGACAUUUGGAACCGCGGCGAUAGCCACCUGCGUAAGACAUUCGGGUUUUCUAUCCUUGAGAUGGUGCGAACAAAUCCGAAGUCUAUUACGGUGCACUUCGGCGGCAAGAAGGGCCGUGCUAUUCGCGAAAAGUACAUGAGUUUGACGUGCGAAGACCCGGCAUCAGGUGCGAUUGCACCACUGCUACCAGAGGUUAACGCUCGUACACAGAGCUUCAGCUUUUCUGCCCCAGAGGGUCUGUUGUUUGCGACGCAGUUCAGUCAGCCUGCGUUGGUGUUACUGGAGAAGGCCAUGUUCUCUGAAAUCGAGGCGGCCCAACUGAUUCCGGAUGAUGCUCACUUCGCUGGUCACUCGCUCGGUGAGUAUGCUGGUCUCAGCUCUUUUGCAGGGGCUCUGGCUGUAGAGGACGUUGUAGAAGUUGUCUUCUUGCGUGGAUUGAUCAUGCAGAAGGCCGUUAAGCGCGAUGCUGAGGGCCGCUCUGACUACGGUAUGGUGGCCACUAACCCCACGCGCGUUGGUUCCCACCUCACGGAAGAGGUCAUGCACAAGAUUGUUGACGAAAUUGAAACUGCUUCCGGCAAGCUAUUACAGGUUGUGAACUUUAACAUCCAGCAGCGCCAGUACGUCGUUGCGGGAGAGAACGUGAAUCUCGAGACCCUGUCGUUGGUACUGUCUGCUUUUAAGACGCUGCAGUCAGCUACCCCCGAGGAUGUGGCGAAGAUCAUUUCUGAUUCGUUGACACAAGCUCGUACUCGUAAAGAGAAGUGCGAGCUGAGCAGUCGUCCGUUUACACUGGCAAAAGGUCUGGCUACUAUUCCGCUCGUUGGCAUUGAUGUCCCGUUUCACUCGCGCGAGCUGCUUGGUGGGGUACCGUCGUUCCGUGCUCUUUUACGGACCAAGUUCGACCCAGAGGUGCUUGAGCGCCAACUGCCACUCCUAGUGAAUCGCUACAUUCCCAAUUUAGUGGCCACUCCGUUUUCGCUCGAACGAUUGUACUUUGAAGAGGUUCACAAGGUGACCAAGAGUCCGUACCUCGCGGAGGUCUUAGAUCCGAUGCAGUGGAAGUUGACGACGAAGGCUCAGCUUGCACACCUGCUUGUAGUUGAGCUACUGGCUUACCAGUUUGCAUCUCCUGUGCAGUGGAUCAAGACACAGGCGCUUUUAUUCUCAGAGGGUGGUGUCCGCCGGUUCGUGGAGAUCGGUCCUGCUCCAACGUUGACGAACAUGGCGCUUCGCACUCUUCAAAUUGGCGAUUUUCCAGAUGUGUCGCGUGAGAUUUUGUGGUAUCAGCGUGAUCGCGAGUCCGUGCACUUUGAAGAGGAGACGUCAAACGUUUCUGCAUCCGAGUAUGCUCGUGGUCUGGCUGCGGAGGCAGCAACUGUGUCUGCUUUGGAAGUGGAGGGCGCUGCUACGUCUAUGACGAAAGUGGUGGCUGCCUCUACUGCCACGUCUCCAGUUGUCGCUGCUCCUGUCCAGCGAAUACAGAAUCCGGCUUUCGCACCCAGUACCGUUCUUUCUGCUGUCAGUGACGCUCCUGUGGCUGCCCUGCACAUUCUUCGUGUAAUUCUUGCUAUUCGCUUGAACAAGAGUCUGGCUGACAUUAAGGAGGACACCGAUGUGAAGACACUUUGCGCCGGCAAGUCCGCUGUUCAGAACGAGAUUCUUGGUGAUCUUGAGAAGGAGUUCGGUGAUGGAAUUCCUGACGGUGCUGGGGAAGUCCCGUUGAAAGAGCUGGCUUCGAAGUUCUCUGGCUACAACACCCUCGGCAAGGUAACAAAUGGUCUGAUCAAUAAGGUGGUGGCGAGCAAGAUGCCCGGUGGUUUCACGAUGUCAAGCAUCAAGGAAUACCUUGGCGCGGAGAAAGGACUGGGGGCUGGUCGAAUGGAGAGCGUUCUGGCACACUCACUGCUUUCCGCCCCUCAAGCUCGUUUUAAGAGUGAUGCGGACGCGCGCAAGUGGCUGGACGACAGCGUAAGCGGAUACGCUUCGUUUGCCGGUGUAUCGCUCGAGCGUCCUACUAUGGCCUCUGCACCGGGUGCGGUGGGCGUGUCUUAUAACUGUGCACCAUUGUCGAGUCCGACGGUGAGUGACAAACCCGUGGAAGCGAAACAUGCUCUGUUAGUGAUCCUCGCGGCUAGGUUCGGCAAGGCAUUUAGUGAGGUUCCGGAGACGGUGACAGUCAAGGAACUAUCCGCUGGCAAGUCGGCUGUACAAAACGAGAUUGUCGGUGACUUGGAGAAGGAGUUUGGAUCCGGUCCUGAUGAUGCAGCAGAGAUGAAAUUAGUUGAGCUGGCAGGCAAAUUUUCCGACUACGCGUCUCCUGGCAAGGUCACAAGUGCUCUGAUUGCUAAGAUGCUGGCUAGCAAGAUGCCUGGUGGCUUUGGUCUGUCCGCCAUAAAAGAGUAUUUGUCCAGUGAGCGCUGCCUGGCGAGCGGUCGUAUUGAAAGUGUGCUGCUGCACGGUUUGACACAAAAUCCCAAACAGCGUCUUACGGAUGAUGGUAUGGCAAAAAGGUGGCUGGAUGGUGUUGUAGAUGACUAUGCUAAGUAUGCCGGAAUCGAAAUCCCUUACCUGUCGAAGCUUGGAGGCGCCAUAGCUGGUCAAACGAUGGGCCAGCAGGUGAUGCAUUCGGCUUCGUUGCCGACUGACUUCGACAAGCGGCUAAAAACCAUGAUCGCGGAUCAGGUUGACGCUCUGAACUCGUACCUGGGUGAGGACCAGCUCGACUGGCAUCACAAGAUUGAAUCAGAGGUGGAUAUGCGCGAGGAUCUUGAGUCGGCAGUGUUGCAAUGGGUGGCGGAACAUGGCGAGUUCUACGGUGCUGGUAUUGCUGGCAAGUUUGACGCCAAGAAGGAGCGUCAGUACGACAGCUAUUGGAACUGGGCCGUCCAGGAUGCAAUGGAGCUGUACUACCGUACCGCAGCCGCAGCCAAGGGCUUGCCAGCCAGUCAAAAGCUGAUGGUGAACGAAGGCUUAAGGAUCCAUUUCGAGGCCAUGACUCGCUUUAUUAACAAAAACGUGGAUACGAUAGCGGACGGUUCGGCGCUUCCCCCGCUUGAGUGGUUCAAGCCGUACCUAUGCAACCGUGCCACACCGGAGCUGCUCCGAUGCACACAGUUCUUUGUAUCACGGGCUGAAAAAGAAAGCAGUGUUGAACUUGCGCAGGCAGUUCAACUGCUUGUGGAGCAAAUGGAAGAGUGGCUGGACACGAAUCCUGUGAACAUGCAAAUCUUCAAGCCGACGCAGCCGCAACUUCGUAUUCUUGAAAGUGGCGAGCUUGAAUAUACAGAAGUGCCUCGUGAGGGUGUGACAGACUCUAUCCACUAUGUUGAUGAGGUUGCUCGCGGGCUUGAGUACAAUGACGCGAUUGAAACUGGUAAGGUUGCUGGCUCCGAUGUCACGGCUGGUAUGACGAGUGCUGUUGGAUUCGAAUCGACCCUUAACGACAAUGGCAGCGAGAGCAGUGAUGAGCCUGGGAGCGACAAUGACGGUGAGAUUGAUGAUGGCGAUUCCGUGACUGACAAGCGGUCGACUGAAACUAAAAAGAUUGCUCCUGCCGAGGGGGCCAAGCUCAAUGCGCUGCGUGACUCGCUGCGUAAGCGUGCGAAGCGCGAAUCAGCGAAGUCGUUGGUUGCUCGUUCGUCUUCGCUACGCUGUGGUCUGAACGAAAACCUGAAGAAAAUCGUGUUGCCUCAUGUGCACAUCCGCAAACCGUCAAAUGUGGAUCCGACGAUCCGUCUGUACGAUGUUGAGUCGACUUGUGUGCUGUUGUCCUGCAUGCGCGAGAUGGCAUCGACGGGUAUCUCGUUCUCUGGAAAGGUGGCGCUGCUGACAGGCUGCGGUAAGAACUCCAUUGGUGCCGAAAUCGUAAAGGCGCUUCUAGAAGGCGGCGCUACGGUGUUUGUGACAACGAGCAGUUUUAGUAUGAAGACGACUACCUUGUUCCGCGAGAUUUAUGAGCAGCAUGGUAGCCGCGGCAGUCGUCUCAUUGUUCUUCCGUUCAACCAGGCAUCGAAGGUGGAUGUGGAGAAUGUGGUAGCCCACAUCUAUAACGUGCAUGAGCUGGAUCUGGACUUUGUUAUCCCGUUUGCGGCUCUAUCGGAAGUCGGACGUACGAUUACAGACAUUGACUCGCGCUCGGAGCUGGCCCACCGUAUCAUGCUGACAAACACAGUGCGUUUGCUGGGUGAGGUUGUUACAGCAAAGAAGUUGCGCGACACCACUACCCGCCCUGCACUGGUGAUCCUUCCGAUGUCACCGAACCACGGCAAUUUCGGAGGAGAUGGUCUGUACGCUGAGUCAAAGUUAGGUGUGGAGAGUUUGAUGGGCAAAUGGUACUCAGAAGGUUGGGACGACCAGCUUUCGAUUGUCGGUGCCAUCAUUGGCUGGACUCGAGGCACUGGCCUUAUGUCAGGUAACAACGUAGUGGCUGCCGGUGUGGAGAAGAUGGGAAUGCGCACGUUCAGCACGACGGAAAUGGGCUUCAACCUAAGCGCACUGAUGCAUCCUAGUAUUGUUGAUCGCGCGGCUGACACACCGAUUUUCGCGGACCUCACCGGUGGUAUGGCUCAGGUGAGCGAUCUAAAGGAGCAGGUGGAUAUUAUCCGGUCCGAUAUAACGAGGGAGGCGAAGCUGCAGGCGUCCAUUCAUGCCGCACUCGAGAAAGACAAGAAGAUAUUGUCUCUACCUUCUACGAAGCUACCGUCUGCAUCCAGCGCUGUGAAGUUUGCUCCUCGUGCGAACAUGUCGAGCUACUACUGUAACUCGUUUCCAAAGCUGUCUGGUGUGGCCGGGUUGUCCACCUCACUAAAGCAGGUGAUGUUGCGUGGUAUGCUGGACCUGCGCCAGGUUGUUGUAGUGACAGGUUUUGGUGAGGUGAGUCCGUGGGGCAACUCGCGUACGCGCUGGGAGAUGGAGUCGUAUGGAGAGUUCUCGCUGGAAGGCUGUAUCGAGCUUGCGUGGCUGACGGGUCGUAUUCUAUUUGACAAGGGCAACUGGGUGGAUGCGACGACAAAAGAAAUCGUACCGGACCAUCUAGUGAAGCCUCGCUACGAGGAAGACAUCAUGGCUCACUCGGGCAUCCGUAUCGUGGAACCGGAGCUAUUCGGUGGCUACGACCCGAAGAAUAAGAUGGUGCUGCACCAGGUAGCCAUUGACAAGAAGAUGUCGCCCAUUGAGGUCGCUGACCGAGAGGAGGCUCUGCAGUUCCGCAAGGAGCUGGGCAAGGAGAACGUGGACGUGUUCCAAAACGCGUCUGGUGCUUGGAUGAUUCGUCUGCGCAAGGGCUCCAUUCUUAAUAUUCCUCGUGCGCUUGCCUUUGACCGCUUUGUGGCUGGUCAGAUCCCGACGGGAUGGAGUGCUGAGCGACUUGGCCUAUCGAAGGACUUGGCCGAUGCUGUGGAUCCGGUUACGUUAUACGUGCUCGCGUCGACAGUGGACGCAUUCAUCUCGGCCGGUGUGACGGAUCCGUAUGAGUUUUACCAGUAUGUGCACGUCUCGGAAGUCGGCAACACGUCCGGUGGUGGUAUGGGUGGUAUGCGUGCUUUUACGCAGAUCUACAAGGACCGCAUUUUCGGUAAGGCUGCCCCAAGCGACGCGCUGCAGGAAUGCUUCAUUAACACACCUCCUGCCUGGGUAAACAUGCUGCUAUUGAGUUCUUCUGGUCCGAUUAAGACGCCUGUUGGUGCCUGUGCUACGGCUGCUGAAUCUGUUGAUAUCGGUGCCGAGACCAUCAAGAGCGGCAAAGCUCGCGUUUGCAUUGUUGGUGGGUACGACGACUUUGGUGAAGAGGGAGCGUACGAAUUCGCACAGAUGAAGGCAACGAGUGAUUCGGUGAAGGAGACUGCCAUGGGUCGCGAACCGAAGGAAAUGUGUCGGCCGUGCUCAACGACGCGCGGUGGCUUCAUGGAGAGUCAUGGUGCUGGUAUGCAAUUGUUGAUGGACGCACAGCUGGCGCUGGAAAUGGGUCUACCGAUUUAUGGCAUUGUCGCGCUAACGAACACCGCAACGGACAAGAACGGUCGCUCCGUACCGGCUCCUGGUCAGGGUAUUUUGACGACGGCACGUGAGGCUGUGCCCGACAACUCAAAGCUCUCACCGCUCCUUGACGUGGAGUAUCGUCGUCGUCAGUUUGAUGACGAGCUGGAAAGUAUCGAGAAGUGGUACGUGCGCGAGAAGUCGUUGAUUGACGAUGAUGAGUCUCGCGUUGCUUUUCUGGACGAGCUGAAAAUGCGUAAGGUGCAGUCUGCACAAUCCAUGUGGGGCGACAACUUUUAUCGAGGCCGUGCCGACAUUGCUCCUCUUCGGGGAGCGCUUGGUGCUUGGAAUCUGGACAUCGAUGACGUCGGUGCUGCUAGCUUCCACGGCACGGGUACUACUGCCAACGACAAGAACGAGAGCGAGGUCACGCACAAGCAAAUGUCUCAUUUAGGCCGCUCCGCGGGUAACCCGCUGCCAGUUAUUUGCCAGAAGAACUUGACGGGUCACCCCAAGGGUGCCGCUGCUGCGUGGAUGCUUAACGGCCUGUUACAGGUGCUGAAUACCGGUUUGAUUCCAGGCAAUCGACAGCUGGAUAACACAUGCCAGACGCUACGCAAAUACGACCACCUCGUGUACCCGAACCGUAGUUACCAGACGAUGGGCAUCAAGGCCGUAGUGAUGAAGAGUUUCGGCUUCGGCCAAGCUGGUGGUGAAGUGCUGCUUGUGCACCCGGACUAUCUGUUGUCUACGCUUUCUGCUGCUGAUUUCCAACACUACUCGGUUCGCCGCGAGAAGCGCAUGAUCAAGAUGAAUACGCAUACUCAGAGCGUGAUCACCAGCAAGCAGUUGCACAUCCAGGCAAAGAACGAGGCCCCGUACUCGUCGGCCCAAGAGAGCAACGUAUAUCUGGACCCGACGGCUCGUGCCGAGUACGAUGAGAUGUCAAAGACGUGGCGAUUUGGUGGUGUGGAUUCACUCACUGCGGCGGAGAACCGCCGUCAGCGUGCCGAGAAGCGUGCGAAAAAGGCGAAGGCCGCUGCUGCCACGGCGGCUGCAUCGUCGAAGACAGCUUUGGAUGCGCGUCAGGCCAGUUCAUCGUCUACGCUGUUGACUGCCAUCAACCAAGCAGCAGCCGACUUGGGUCUAGCUUCGAAGGACAUGGGCAUGGGUGUAGACGUGGAACCUGUGGCUACGUUUGAGAAUCUGAACGAGCGCGAAGACUUUAUUCGCCGCAACUUCACGGAUCGGGAGAUCGCAUACUGCUAUAGCGCGCCUCACCCUGCCGCGAGCUUUGCAGGUCGCUGGGCUGCCAAGGAGGCAGUAAUUAAGGCUAUCUCGAGCUCUGCUCCCACGGAGCCUAACCUCUGGAAAGGUGCUGGCGCUCCGCUGCGCGAGAUUGAGAUUUUCAUUACUCCUUCUGGUGCGCCCUCCGUGCUGCUGUCAGGUUAUCCGCUGGAAGUAUUUAACCGCCUCGGUUUGUCGAAGUUGAGCGUGUCCAUUAGCCACUCCGGUGACUUUGCUGUAUCGCAGGCGGUGGCCAACUUCCAGCAGGAGUAG